AUGCCUGAUGCUCCUGCUACCAACAGUCCUCUCGGAGUUGAGUCUCAUCAUGUCUAUCGACUGUUGCUCGGUGGCGAACUGCAGCUUGCACCGAUUAAGGACCCCAAGAGAGUAUUAGAUAUCGGAACCGGUACUGGAAUCUGGGAUAUGAUUUUCCGGACGAACAUCCUGAUGCUGAAAUCAUCAGUAGCUCUCUCCCCUAACAAUAGGAUUGAAUCCGUGCUGAUGAACUUAGGAAAUGACCUGAGUGCUAUUCAACCAACUUGGCUCCCACCUAAUUGCCGACUUGAAAUCGACGAUUUCGAACAUCACUGGGAAUACACCAAUCCAUAUGACUUUAUUCAUGGUCGGGAGCUUGAAGGCUGUAUUCAAGAUCAUGAUAGACUUUUCAGGCAAGCUUUCAAGAAUUUGGUGCCUGGUGGCUAUUUUGAGAUGGCAUCUAUAGAGAUUUCUAUUAAUUCAGAUGAUGGUACACAUUUGGAGGCCAAAAACUGGCUACACUUGCGUGACCUUAUUAUUGCGGCUUCUGAGAAGUUUGGGAAGUCUUUGAAGACUGUUGCAACAUAG